UUUCAUUUUAGGAACUUUAUCAUGUUUUUUGUAAAUAUCACGAUAACGAGAUAAGUUUUGUAAAUGUGUAAUAAAUUAAUUGUAAUUAUAAAAUCCUUGUAAAUAAGAUAUUUAAGAUAACUGCUAAUAAGUAUUUACAAUGGCUAGCUCCACACAACACACAAUAGUUUGUUUUGAAGAUGUGAAGUCUUUCCCGCCUGUUGUAAAUGGAAAAAUUAAUUUGGUGAGCUUCUUGGAAGCUGCAACGGAUUUGGUCUACCUUGUUGAACGCCUUGGCACAGCUUUUGCACCUGUAAAAUUUGAUAUGCAAGGAAAUAUUGAUAGAAUAAAAAAAAAUUACAAAUUUGAUGAAAAUUCCUGUUUACUGAUGUUAAUGCUUGAAGAAAUUAAUAAUGGUAAAGCUCCUGUUACUGAAGGAGUUUUAUGGCUUAACAGAGCUCUGCUGUUUUUUGAAUUAGUAUUUGUAGAUAUACUAGAAAAUUUACAGGCAAAAAAGGAGAUAAAUAUGAAAUAUGUAUUCACCAAAGCAUAUGAAGGUUCUGUAAAGAAGUAUCACAGUUGGGUCACACAACAAUUAUUUAUAUUCAUCUGCAAGAUGUCACCAACUUUUGCACAAAUGAUCAAAUCUUUUGGAGUUGAUGGUGAUAUCAAAAGUUUCGAGACAAAAUUGGCGAGUUUCAAUAUCACAUUGCACUUAAAUCGCUGCAAGAUAGACGACUUUUUUAAAGACAACAACUUAUUUAGUGAUACAGCUUAACCAACAUUAAAAUCUAACUGAAACCAAAAAUAAAUUAUAGGAUAUUUUAAAGUACGUUAACGAGAUAUAUUAUACAUAUGAUAAUAAAAAAAGUUCAAGCACCAGUUACAAUGAUUCAAUGGUUUGUAAGUUUUGAUAGAAGUUAAAUUAUGUGCUAGCAUUAAAACUAUAAAUAUAUCUUAAAAUAAUGAACAUGAAUAAGUGAAAAAAAGCUACAGAAUUAGAGACACAGCAGAGGCAUGAAGAGGUUUAAUCACUUUUAAAAAGUAGUUUUAGAUAAUUGAAUAUUGACUUAUUGGUUGUAACGGAAUUUGCUAAAAGCAAAAAGUCAGGAUGCUAAAAUAUACUUUUUACAGGAAAGGCAAAAUAAUGUGUAACCGAACGUAGAUUCGAAUACACCUAGCUUCUGAAUUCCAAUUACUUUAACAAAUAAAGUCACUGCAUUAGAUGCAGCCAAUACCCUUGUUACUCCACAGCUACUGAGAGCACUUGAUUGCGAAUUUCUUGCUCUGAUAGCCUUUGUUUAGAAUUAGAAGAAUUAAGACCUGAGUGAGCUGAUCAUUCAUAGUUGGAAAGGGGAUUUAGGUAAAUGUUAAUCGGAAUCGGAGAAAAAAAUCUUAAUGUGGACAAAUAAAACUCCUGCAAUUCAAGCUGCCUUAAAAGUAAGUACUUUGGCACUGAAAGAUUAAAACGAUGUCUUACGGUUUACUAUGGCAACAUUUCAAAGGAGGAGUUAAAUGCAGUCUUCAUCACAAAUACUGAGUUAUAGAACAUAAUUUCCGUUAAAAAUUUUGUUCGUGGAAAGUUAACAUCACUAGUCAGAUUGUUCCAAAAUGAAUUUGAAAAUGUCGAACCUUUACAUUUAAACACUGUACUUUGUAGAUCCAUUCAACUGUGUCAAAAUUAUAUCAUUUUUCCCUUGAAGUUUUCCCAGUGUUUCUACAAAUAAAAAACCAGUGCCUUGAAGAGUUUAAUGGCAAAUACAAAUAUUUAAAUAUGAAUGUUGAAAACCAUUUUAAUGAAAUCUUAUAUAUUUUGAUACCAAUAAUAAAUUUAAUAAAUAUGAGUCAGAGUAUUGAUUUACUUUUAUAUGAACGGAGAAGUUUUCUG